GAAUAAGUUUCGCAAUAGUUCAUAAGAUGCAUACAGUGGUGGACCUUAUGGCCGAAAAAAAAGGCGAAGAAGUUCGAAAAAGGAACAAAGAAAUACCCUCAUGGGCACCUGGAGGAGCUGAUUACGAUCCAAACCUUCCUUAUGGACCUAAAGUUUACGUGGCAAGACGAAAAAAACCGGAUCCGUGGUGGGUAACAGCUAUUGAGGUUACAGUGGUAGUUGGUGUUCUGCUCUUCUUUGUGUACAUGUAUUAUUAUAUGGAUCAUCUGCAUUUUCAUGUGCUGAACGCCUAUGCCAACGUUGGAGUCUCACACGCACAGCAUCAUGUAGCACACAAAUACCUCAAUGGGCGUGGAGUAUCAAAGGAUGAAAAGAUGGCCUUUUACUGGUUCAGAGAAGCUGCAAAGAACGGACAUGGCCAUGGAGCUUACAAUCUGGUGGCUGGACACUUACAAGGAUAUGAUACAGAUGUAGAAGAACAUGAGGUGGAACCCCUUCUUAAAAUGGCAGCAGAUAAUGGUGUAGAGGAAGCCAAAAAAGCUCUCAAGGACUUGUAUCCACAUAGAUACACAUGACCCAUUAAACUGACUCUCGGUUUGGUUUCAUGAUGCCUUUCUUACACCUUGAAGAGUAUGUUAUACUGUAUUUGAUCUCUUGUUUAAAGGGUUAUUCAGUAAAUUUUGUUUGUUCAAUUGCAAGUUUUGUUGGUGUGAAAUGCAUGUCAAGAAAUAGAAGUUGAGAAACCAGAUGUACCUCUCCCCCUCCUCUCCCUCAAAUGAGUUUUUUUUCUUGCCAGCAAUUCUUCUAAGACUAUCCAUUGUACAUGUUACAUAGUGUAUCACCAACUUAGAAAAAGGAAUUAAGCAGUUCAUAUUGUUUUGGUUAGGUGUAUUUACAGAACUGAUUUGUUACAAAGAUGAAUGUGUUUGUCACAGACAAACAGCCAAAUUCCUGUGCAGCUAUGUUGAAAUGGUUUAUGAUUUUUGGUUAUCACUCAAAAGCCACUUGCCUUUUUGUAUUGUCUUUAUAAGUCACUAAUUAUGUAAUUUAAAGACUUGGCUAAAUUAUAAAAAGGACAGGUUCAGAAAUUUUUGCCGGUAUCAUUAAACUUUCAGCCAGAAUGAUAUUUAUUUAAUGGAACAACUUAUUCUUUAUUAAAGAACGAUACUGAUCAAUUAUCACUUCUAAUCAGCACUCAUUAGGGAUACAGUCUUUUUCACUCACAAGUGAAAAUUGUUUCAAUAUUUACCACGUCUUUCUUGUAAAGUUAACAAUUGGUUCAUAUGUCAGCGUACAUUCAUUGAGAUAUGAAGCACGCUGUUUGGAGAGCACGAAAGAUGUGUAAGAGUUGCUUGAGUGCUCUCCAAACUUCCUAGGUGCUUUAUGAACACACAGCUGACAUAUGAGCCAAUUGUUUUAUAACAUUUUCAACCCAAUGGAAAAUUUUUUGUCACAGGGAAUUUGUUUGCUGAUGUCAUGAGCUCGCACUAUAGGAAUAUGAAGCAUGCUCACACAAUUGAAUUUGAUUAGACAAAUUUACUAGCUGUUAUAAUGACAGUUGUUUCACUGCCUGUGAUAUAUUAUUGGUUGUAUACAUUUAUUUAUCAUUGAUUUUAGUGAACACAGAAUUAAUAUAUUCAUUUGAGAAUUAGUAAUAUAGUUUAAAAAGUUCAUUGGACUUAGUGAAUAAAAAUUAACCAAGGGAAUUUAAAAGCUGCUGGAAUGGCUCUAAACAUACAAAAUGGAGGAGUCUUCUUCAGUCUGAGAAUGUUAACAGAAUGGCAGCCAUUUUAUAGACAGUAUCAACAACUGUUUGUUGUUAAAAGUUAGUUUAGUUGCUGCUUUUGAUGGUCAACCAAAUGGACCUUAAUUUAUGGAAACUGUUUGUGUUGUUAGUCCUCCUUAUAUAAACAAGAUUUAGACCAAGUGGUUGGUUUAUUGCUGACCACCCACUAGCCACUAAGAGGGCAUCAUAUCAAUUUUGUACAUGUGGAGUUAACAAAUAAAUUAUCAAAGGUU